AGUACGUUGCAUUUCAGUUCUACUUGUAAACCGUAACGGCUAAAUUGGUGUAAAAAGAGGUGGUUAUAUAAAAAAAAUGAAUUUAAAUAAGAAGUGUAUAACGUCUGAUAAUGUUAAUCAGAACUUGCUAAACGUUAAGUAUGCAGUGCGCGGACCUCUAGCUGAGCGAGCGACGCAACUCGAACGGGAAUUAGAUAAGGGGAUUCGCAAGCCAUUCGAUUGCGUGGUGCGUGCUAACAUCGGAGACUGCCAAGCCUUGGGACAGAAGCCGAUUACCUUCAUCCGACAGGUGGUGGCACUGGCGGCAUGUCCUCAGCUGAUGUCAAGUCCUGACAUCCCAGAUGACGCGAAGGAGCGUGCCAGGAAGAUCCUAGCUGACUGCACGCGUGGAACUGUGGGCGCGUGUUCACCACCAGCAGGCCUGUCUGUGGUGAGAAGACAAGUGGCAGCAUAUCUGACAGCCCGGGACGGUGUGCCUGCGUCUCCUGAUGAUAUACUCCUGGGAGCCGGAGCUUCGGAUCUCAUCAAAGCAGUGCUCACAUUGUUUGCCCAAGACAUCGAUGGGAAACCUUCAGCGGUGAUGAUCCCGAUACCCCAGUAUCCGUUGUUCUCGGGCACACUGUCGGAGCUGGGCGUGCAGCAAGCGGGCUACUACCUGGACGAGGACAACCGGUGGGCGCUGCAGACGGAGGAGCUGGCGCGGAGCUGGCGGCAGGCCAGCCAGACUGCGCAUGUCCGCGCACUCGUUGUUAUUAAUCCUGGGAAUCCGACGGGACAGGUACUAAGCCGCGAGAAUAUACAAGAGGUGAUAAAAUUCGCCUAUGAACACGAUUUGUUCCUGAUCGCAGACGAAGUGUACCAGGAGAACAUAAUCAGCAAGCCGUUCCACUCCUUCAAGAAGGUUAUGUUCGAGAUGGGCCCGCCGUAUUCGCAAAUGGAGCUGGCGAGCUUCGUGACGUGCUCUAAAGGCUGGGCGGCGGAAUCCGGGAUGCGUGCUGCCUACGUGGAGUUGCUGCGACUGCAGCCGGCGGUGGAUACAGCGUUGAGGGCCGCUCGCACCAUCCUGCAGUGCCCCAGCGUGCUGGGCCAGUGUGUCCUACAUUGUGUGAUGAGCCCUCCAACUCCCGGGUCUGCAUCGUACCCGCAGUUCAUCAAGGAACGUUCCGACAUACACCGUACUCUGUGCGAGAGGGCAGCUGUCGCGUACGAAGCUUUCAACAGUAUACCCGGAUACUUCUGCAAUCCCAUUGAGGGUUCCAUGUUUGCGUAUCCUCGCAUCGACGUUCCGGAGCGAGCACAGCAGGCAGCGCGCGACGCGGGCGUCACACCGGAUGAAUUUUACUGCAUUCGACUGCUCGAAGAGACAGGUAUCUGCGUGGUGCUAGGGUCAGGAUUCGGUCAGUUGCCGGGCUCCUUUCACUUCCGCACCACGAUAAUGCAUUCCCCAGACGAGUUCCAACACAUGCUCCACUCUAUCGCCAAGUUUCAUCAACACUUCCUCGAUCAGUAUUCCUGACGAUUUAAUUUACAUAUAUUAAUCGAUAGCUUGUUAUUCAGGGCCGUAGCUAGACCCAUGUUUAAUGUAGGGCAAAAAACUUUUUGGUAGGGCAUAAGUCAUAAUUGAUUAAAGCGAAUCUGUCUAAUUUUCUUGGGACUUUUAAUUUUAAGGUAGAGCAUUGCCUCUUAAUGCCUUCCUCAAGCUACGGCCAUGCUAUUAUUUUUAAAUUAAGUAAUUAAAAAAAAUUGUAUUUAUAAAUAUUUAAUUAUUUUGGGAUUGGGAUCAGCCGUUAACUGUCCACUGCUGGUCAUAGACCUCUCUCCCCAUGAGGGGAGUAUUGUCAGUAGUUGGCACGCUUUGCAGGUGGAUUGGCAACCACAGUUAGACCUUGGUUUUAAGAUUUUAAGAAUGUUCUAAGAGGGACGCUGAUGUCCAUUAAGUUUGGAUUAUAUAUUUAUUAUUAUUUAAGCAAUUUCACACAUAAAAUGUAAAUGAACCCCAGUCACACUCAUUAUGAUAAAUUGGAUUCCACUGAGAGACUACACUGACAAUUCGGUAAUUAAUUUAUUCAUAUUCAGUAAAUUAUUUUAGAAAAUAAAUAAUUGUACAAAUUUGUA